AUGUCGUCCGUCGCGGUUUCCGUGGCGAGCCUCGGCGGCAACGGGUUUCUCCCGAGACGCCGCACCGUGGGCGCGCGGGGACCCGCGCGCGGGUGCGCCGCUCCGGCGAUGCUGACGUGCAGGAGAGCCGGAAUCGCGUCCGGAGCCAUCGGCUGGAUCCGCCCGCGCGGCGUGACCCGCGGCGAGACGUUCGGUCGCGUCGCGCGCGUGCUCGUCCGGGCGUCCGGCACGCCCGAGCCACAGGACCGUGCGCUCAGGAAGACCGCCGGCGUAAAUGGGGACGACCCGAUAACCGGGUCGCUCCACCAGGCCAGGGGACUCCGCGAGAGGCUCGCCUCCGUCGUCGACGCGUUCAAGCCCAACCCGGGAGCGUCGCAGACGGACGACGAACCCGACGAGGAGUGGGAGCGAUGGCAACGCAGGUUCGACCGCGUGGACAGCGAGGAGGGCAUCUUGGUGGCGCUCCAGGCCCAGCUCGAGGACGCAGUCGCCAAGGAGGACUUCACCGCCGCCGCAUCCAUAAAGAAGACAAUCGCAUCCAUGCGCGACGAAGAUCCCAUCACCGCCGUGGAGCGCGGAUACAGAGCCGCGGUCGAGAACGAGGAUUACGCCGCCGCCGCGACGUUCCGCGACCUCGGCGCGGGUCUCGUGGGGUGGUGGGCCGGCCGAGGCGCCACGGAAGAGGAACCCGGAGGCGCCUACGGCGUCAUGAUGCAGGUCACCGCGCAACACGGACGGUACGUGGGGACGUCGUACAGCGCGAAAGAUCUCGCCGUGAUGCAAGAGCGCGCGAAGCAGCGGAAGAGCCAGCGGCGCCAGCGGCUGGAGAGCGCGUUCAGCGGCGAGGCGGCGGUGCCGUCCGACGCGGAUCCGACGGGCGCGACGAUGGAGGAGGACGCGGGGCGGCGACGCGAGCUGGAGCUCCUCGACAGCGCGCGAGUCGAGGGCCACAGGGUGUUUGAGCUGUGGAUCGAGGAGGGCGAGGACGGGACGAGACGGACGCGCGCGGUGCGACUCGACCAGGUCCCGAUCGGCGCGUCCGGCUCGAUGGACGAAGACGGCGUCGGCGAGGGCGGCGCGGGCGGUUUCGCGACGAGCCUGGGGGGUUUCCCUCUAUCCGGACCGAUGGCGGCGCCUGCGCAAAACGGCGAUCCGUACGCCAACGUCUCGUUUGACGAGUGGAAGGUUGUCGACGGCGUGGUGUCCGCGCCCGGCGCCGGACGGGACCCGGCGUCGCCGUUCCCGUUCGCCAUCGACGGCAUGUCCAUGGACGAGCUCGUGUCCUACGAGCGGCGGGGUUUCAUGACGGAGUACCUCAAGGCUCCCGGGUUCGCCGCCAACUGGGCGAGGCUCAAGUCGGAACACGGGCUCAAGUUGGAGGGAACCGACGAGGAGGGCUUCAAGGGUUUCGGCACCGGCGCCGUGCGCAACGCCUCGGAACCCAGGGACGAGUUCUACUUCGACAAGUACGUCAUCAACGAGGACGCCGGGUCCAUAAUCGACGUCGACGAGCUCAUCGAGGGCCUGGAGGAGGACGACGAGGAGUACGACCUGGAGGAGCUUCGAGAGGGGGACGCGUUGACUGACGCCGCCAUGGCUCUUCUCGGCGGUCGAAGGCUCAACGAGCUCACCCCGGAGAUGCGCGCGGAGGUUGAGAAAUCGCUCAAGGCGGAGGGUUUCCUGGCGGAGAACGAGAGCCUUCACGACGACGCGGAGCUCGAGGUGCGGAUCGAGGAGCUCGACGGCGAGGAGCUCGAUCCGUGGCUCACCGAAGAGGUGAGGGUACCGGUGGACAUGGCGACGGACGGGAGGCACGCGUUCACGCUCACGUCGGACCCGGAGCACGGCGCGCACGCGCCGCUCUUCAACUCGUCGAUGGCGGCCGCCGCCGCCGCCGCCACCGCGGCGGCGGCGACGGAGGCUGAGGUUGAAGCCGCGGUGCUCAAGGGGAUGGCAGAGGCGAAAGCCGCGCUCGCCGAGGAGCUCCGCGCCGCCGCCAAGGCGGCCAACUCGGACCCGGCGGCCAAACCCGAGAAGGGCGACACCGAGGUUGUGAUGGUGAACCUCGACCCGGAGACGAACGCAAAGUUUAAGAGCGACGUCGAGAAGCUGAAGCGGGACGGGGAGAUUCCCCCGAGCCCGGAGAGACCGCCGCCGUCGACGGGCGCGAAUCAGUGGCCGCCCAGCCCGGGCAAGGACAAGCCGAGCGCCGCCGCCGGGUUGGACGCCGCCCCGGCCAACCCGGUGCAGCCCCCGAACGGCGCGCUGUCCAGCGACAGCGUCGGGAGCAGGCUCGGCAAGAGCAAGGGCGAGAGGCUCUUCGAACGGCUUAGCGCCGCCGCCUCCGCCAGCGCCGAGGCUACCAACGCCGAGUACGCCGAGUCUUUGGACGAGGAGAUCGACAAGAUGCUCUCGUCCAAAGACUUUGCCACCCAGCCGGACGUGAACAUGACGGACGAGGGUGAAGGCUCCCCGCCGGUCGAUCCCAACGCGCCCGCGAACGACGCCGAGGCACACGCCGCCGACGCCGCGGAGAGACUCUUCGAGAUGCUCACCAAGGACGGCGACGCGACCCCGCUGCCGCUCAAAUCGAGAUUCUCGCGCAUCCCCGAAGCCGUCGCGAGCCGAUCCAACGUCGACCCGUUCGAUCGCCUGUACCUCGGAGCGUUCGGGCCGCACGGACCGGAAGUGUUGCGCGUGGUGCGCGGGCGGUGGGGCGACGAGCUCGGCGAGGGCGAGGAGUGCGUCACGGCUGUGAAACUCACGGGUGACGCAAACGUCCCCGCCGGCGCCGCCUCGUUUCGAGCGAAAGUUGGCCCGCAGCACAAGCUCGAGUCGUCGUUCUCCUACCCCGAGGAGCUCGGGGUGACGGCGAGGUACAAGGGCCAGGGUCGCGUCGCCAAACCCGGGUUCACGGAGCGUAACUGGGUGGAUGGCGAGCUGCUCGUGUUGGACGGGCGGGGGGGAUCGCUGACGGGUGGCGCCGAGCUGGGGUUCGUGUGGGCGGUGCCCGGGGAGAGGAGGCUGCUGAUCCUGUUCAGCUCGCUGGAGCUGCCGGACGCGACGCCUCCGGUGGGGAUGUACCUGGACUGAGAGUCAUCUCGAGGGGGGAGGGAGGAUCGGGAAGGAAAGCGGAGGAGGGGAGAAUGUAUUACCAAGACACAAGCGGAGGGUGAGUUAUCAGAAGAAAACGCAAUAUCGUUGUAUUGGACUUGUUGAGUCGGUUUACUU